ACACAAAAGAGUGACGUCGGAAAGCCCAAGGUAUAAACAGCGGGACGGAAAGCUUGUCUGAUGCCAGCUGGUCUCCCGGAGAUCCGAAGAAACGAGAAGGGGGAAUUUGAGAAAAGGAGAAAGGGGGACAUGAAGGAACAAUGGCAGGUAAUUGGCUCUGUUGGGUUGGGUUGUGGGGUGCAAGUCAGCUAGAGAGGUUUUCCCAGGAAAGAGAGAGAAGGGAAAAAACUCAAGACGUGGUGGGGAUAACUUUUUCUUCCUAGCAGACAGGUUGCGUGAUGUACGAUGGAGGAAAGCAGAAAUGCUUGAGCCUGGUACCUUGCAAGUCUGUGUGUGCCAAGAAACUCCAGAGGCAGCCAGCUCUACAGAUCCUGAAAUUUUUCACCUUUUAUCUAUUUUGCAUUCUGCCGUGCAUCGUGCCCACACGUCUAUGCAAUGGCAACGCCGCACAAGGAACUUUCUACGCUCGGCCUGCAACGAUGGGAAAUUCCAUUGCACUGUGUGGCUUUGGAGACUUCAGCGUGACUCGUUCGCAAACCUCAAAAGAGUGUUUCUUGGUGGGCACAUGGAGCAGGAAUUUGCCUGUUUUUAAAACAGAAACGAGAGGCGAGAUCUGUGCUCCUGCAGGAAAAAUCACAGCAUAUGUAUGUUUUGCCCUGCUUGGCGUUCACCAGGCUGAUUGGAGGCAUCCAAUUUCUGGGACCACAGAACGCAAGGCAUGCCAUUGGCCAUAGCUGCCAUUCCUCUGUGUCUGAGGACAAUUAGGAAUGUGCAAGCUGGAAUUUCAGGCGCACCUUUUGAGAGCAGCUUACCCUCCCACAUAGAAACAAGCCAUUCAUUUUGGGUCACAUUUCGCAUUUCUGUGAAAAGGUUUGCAGGACUAGCCUGAGGGGCAGGGGAGAGGAAAUAUGUCCCUGUUGCCAAGACGGUCAGGAUGCUCUACUGCUUUGCAAUGCACGUCCCCUUGUGGUGUGGCGACAUAAAUGACCAGACAACAAACCAGCCGGAUUUGGGACUCCCACUUCACAAUUCUUCAUAGAUCAUUCCCUCUAAUAGCGAGCGCCGCUGGCGACUGCCGACAGGACUGUAAUCACAAGAAUGUAAGAAGAGCCUGCUAGAUAAAGCCAAUGGCUCAGCUAGUCUGGCACCAUAGGCACCAACUCCCAGGGCCUUGUUUGCAGUGGCUCCCCAUUUUUGGAAUGCUCUCCCCAGGGAGGUCCAGCUGGCGCCUUCAUUAGACACCAGGCAAGUGGCGCUGGGGACGCGGGUGGCACUGUGGUCUUAACCACUGAACCUAGGACUUGCCGAUCAGAAGGUCGGCGGUUCGAAUCCCCGCGGCGGGGUGAGCUUCCGUUGCUCAGUCCCUGCUCCUGCCAACCUAGCAGUUCAAAAGCACGUCAAAGUGCAAGUAGAUAAAUAGGUACCGUUCCAGCGGGAAGGUAAACGGCGUUUCCGUGCACUGCUCUGGUUCGCCAGAAGCGGCUUAGUCAUGCUGGCCACAUGACCCGGAAGCUGUAUGCCGGGUCCCUCGGCCAAUAAAGCAAAAUGAGCGCCACAACCCCAGAGUCAGCCAUGACUGGACCUAAUGGUCAGGGGUCCCUUUACCUUUAAGAACAUCAUAUCCUCCUAAAUUUCUCUGAUGAUAAUAGGGACAUCCUAUUCCAUAAGACGAAGCCUUGGUUCAAAACAGUGAGGACUAGAAUCUUUGUGGAAGGGCCAUAGCUCAUCGGUUAGAGCAGUUCCUUUGAACACAGGAGGUUCCAGGAUCAGCCUCGACUAGGAGAUACGUUGCUCAGCUUUCCACCCUGUACAGCAAGAGCUCCGGCUUCGACUUCCCUCCUCCUCCUGACAUUUGAAAACUUUUCAGAGGACUCAGGAGAGCAGAAUGACGUCAGUGGCAAAGAGCUACUUAGCUACGCUCCGACAGGUACCCGGUUUAAUGACUCUGUUGCGAGGUGCUGGAGCCGCCUUUCGGCUUUUGCCAGAGGCAACGACUCUCUCUCUCUUGCCCUCUCCCACACGUCCCUUUCAAAGGAAGCAAAGACCACGGGGUCAUGGGGACUAGAAAGGGCCCUGCUAUGUUUUUCAAAGAGGCUUUCAGGUGGCCAUGUGGCUUUGAAAGAGGAUGGGACAAAUUCUUUCUUCACGGGACUUCGGAACUCCCUCCCACAGGAAUGGCCACCCCAUUUGGACGGCUUUAAAAGGGGACUGGGGGAAAUCGCAGAGGGAAAUGAUAUCAAUGGCUGCUCGCCACAGCGGCUCAGCAGGAGGGGAGAGCGCUCCUGUGUUCGAAUCCUUCUCACUGGUUUCCCACGCAGGCAUCUGGAUGGCCACUGCGAGAACGGGGUCCUGGACUGGAUGGGCCAUGGGCCGGAUCCAGAAGGGCCAAACUUACGUUCUUAUGAGCGGUGAUGAAGGGGGUUGUUCAGCACAGUUACAUUUAGUGGCGCAUGUGAGAAUCAAAAGGGGUUGUGUGUGGAGGAAAGAAGGAAUUAUGAAAACAAACAAAUAAACAGGGAUUGAUGGGAGUGUGUUGGUGGGCUGAAAGGCAGCGGUGCCUAGUGAGUGGAUCAGCCACUUUGCACCAGUGCACAUGAAGUAGGUUUUCUUCCAACACCCUUAGCUCCUUUCAGCCUUGUGACAACCAUGUAAAGUAUUUUGCUCAAGGAGAAAGCAUCCUCCAAAUUCGCUGGGGGGGGGUGGAAAUAGUAGUGGAGGAAGGCAGGUCCCCUUCGGGGGGGGCAGGACUCCAUGGGAUUGUCGAGCCUGGAACCCAGCAUUUGGUUUUGAAUUCAGCAACCUGAAAGAAAAGAAGAGUUUCUAGUCCUCAUGAGACCUGAAAAUGCUUUGUUCUUCACCCUCUGGCUGGACGCUGGUGAAUGUCCACUAGGGGAAAGGGGGGCUGGAGUCUGACUGGGGAGAGGCGUCCGUGAUCUGUGGGGACCUGUGUCAGCCAGGAGGCCAGAGUCGGAGGCAGGGGAAGCUUCAGAGCUAGAGGGUGGAGCGCUGGAGGAAGAGGAGGAAGAGGCAGGCCAGGCAAGUGAAGGACUUCCCCACCCUCUCCGGCACCACUGCCUCCCAGAACCAGGAGGGGGUGAAAAGGGAGGAGCAGAGGGCAUUUCCAUGCAGGCCUAGUCUCUGGCUGGCUGUGCAUAGCGCAUCGAGGGGAAAGUAUAUAACUAGGGCAGGGGGGUCCCCUGUUGCUGCAACUGCUGCUCCAUAGAUCUGGGAAUAGCUGCCUAGACGCUAGGCUAGUGGGGGGCGGUAUUUGGAGCCGAGAGAGGGUCACCUUUGACCCCAAAGAGUUAACUAUCUGCAUGUGCAAUUCUUUCAACAAUGUCUAGGCAACACCAUGACCAUGUACAUAUGUAAUAGGCAAUCUUUAUAGAAUUCCUUCAAAUCAUAAAAUGUUGAAAAUGAAAUCUUUAGUCUCAAAGUCUCUGAAAAUCUUUACAUGAAGUGAGGUACCAAACUUUGUACAGUAGAAAAAGAGCUGUGAAGCUUUGUGUAUUCAACAACGAUGUCCAACACUGAAUUUUGUACGGUGGAAAACAAGCUGUGAAACCAUCUUAUUUCAGAAGUGACUACAUUAUUACAUGAGCACUGUUCCAACAAAUUUGAUAUUUUCAUUUAUAUACAUUCAUUCUAAAUAAGAUGGAUUUAUGAAGCAUUCUAUAUCCACCCACCACGCUGAUGAAGAAUUCUACAAAACAGUAGUCAGUAUCAGGAAUUACUGUUCAGUGUUGGACACCACUGUUGAAUACACAAAGCUUCACAGCUUGUUUUCCACCCUACAAAGUUUGGUAAGGUAAAGGAAAAGGAACCCCUGACCAUUAGGCCCAGUCAUGGCCGACUCUGGGGUUGCGGCGCUCAUCUCGCUUUACAGGCCGAGGGAGCUGGCAUACAGCUUCUGGGUCAUGUGGCCAGCAUGACUAAGCCGCUUCUGGCGAACCAGAGCAGCGCACAGAAACGCCGUUUACCUUCCCGCCAGAGCGGUACCUAUUUAUCUACUUGCACUUUGACGUGCUUUCGAACUGCUGCGUUGGCAGGAGCAGGGACCGAGCAAUGGGAGGUCACCCCGUCCCGGGGAUUCGAACCGCCGACCUUCUGAUCGGCAAGCCCUAGGCUCUGUGGAUUAACCCACAGCGUCACCUGGGUCCCUCACACAAAGUUUGGUACCUCGCUUCAUUGAAAGAUUUUCAGAGACUUUGAGACUAAAGAUUUCAUUUUGAACUUUUUAUGAUUUGAAGGAAUUCUGUAAAGAUUGCCUAUUACGUAUAUAUGGUCAUCGUGUUGUCUCGACGUUAUUGAUGUUCUCUUUGCAACGCAAGGGUUUGUUUGGAUACUAUGUGCAAUUCUUUGGCUUGGGGGCGCCCUUGACACCGUCCAAAACUGUAGUAGAAAGUUUGGACGUGUCCCUGGGACUUUGGCCAUGGCAAAUAGUCUCUUCCUCCCUCAGGUGCUAACCAUUUUCCAUCUUUCUUCCCAGACCACCCUGAGAAUCCUUGGUGCUCUCGCAGGACCUCUGCCCUCCAUCCUGCUUUGAAUUCCCCCUCGCCCGGCCUCCGCCUGCCCUGAGAUGUUCUCCCGAAGGAAGCCCCCGAGCCCCUGCCCCGCCUGCCCCAACGUGAUCACGCCGGACACAAUCCCCACCUUCUUCAUCCCUCCCAACUUGGCCAGCCUGCAGGGGCAGCGCUCGUGCAGGAGCGACAGCCCCGACGGCCGAGGGAUCCUGGCCCGGUCGGCCGAGCAGCACGUCAUCCAGGUGGAGAGCCCGGAGGAGGGGGAGGUCCAGGCCGUGGGGCGCCUCUACAGCACCUCCUCCAUGCCCCACCUCGCCAGCCCCGCGGGCUUGCCCUUCCUGCCUGAGAGCCCGCACACCCGCCGCCGGGAGUCCCUCUUCCACGGCGGACGCCUGCCGCGCCGGUUGCAAGGGGCCCGGUUCUCCGCUCCGCCGACGAGGCCUUCCCUGCAGCCUGGUUUGAUGUUCGACAGUGACACGGCCUCCUCCACCGAGACGUCCCCUUUCAGCUCUCCCCUGCUGCCGCGGCCUCUGAGCUGCCCUCCGUUCUGUCCGGCCUACCGGCAUCGCCGAAGAUUCGCCUUCUGCUCCAGCGACCUCGGCGUUGCCCCGCGGCCCAGCUCCUUGUCCACAGAGGAGACCAGCUCUGCUGACACCAGCCCCAGCUUUCCGCGCCGGGAGAAGGAUCCCCCCUGGGGCUCCCCUGCCCCGCUGCCGCUCUUCCCGCUGGACCUGAUCCGUUGCCACGAGCGGCUCACCAAGGAGGUGGUGCUGACGGUGAGCAAAGGCGGGCGGCUGAGGCUCUCCAGCGAGUACCUUCAGCCCCAGGGGCGCCUCCGCGUCCGGCUGGUGUGCGCCGAGGCCUUCUACCCUCCCCACUGCGACCCGCGACACUUCAGCUGCUGCGUCUCCUUGCAGCUGCGGCCCGGGGAAGGCCUGAGGCAGCGCAGCGCCGUCGUCAAGAGGAGCCGCAACCCCAUCUUCAACGAGGACUUCUUCUUUGAGGGCGUCUCCCCGGAGGAGCUGUCCAGGUGCAGCCUGAGGCUCAAGGUGCUCAACAAGGGCUCCGGCCUCCGGAGGGAUGCGGUGUUGGGGGAGUGCGAUGUCCCGCUGGAUUGCCUGCUGCCCUGAAGGGGGCGCUGGUGGGCGGGAAACUCACUGACAGGAAGUUGAUGCUGUCGGCAGGAAGUCAGUUCAGUUGGCAGGAAGAGGCAUGGGCAACUCCCUGACAGGAAGUGGAUGCUGUCGGCAGGAAGUGAGUUCAUUUGGCAGGAAGAGGCAUGGGCAACUCCCCGACAGGAAGUUGCUGCUGUCGGCAGGAAGUCAGUUCAGUUGGCAGGAGGAGGCAUGGGCAACUCCCUGACAGGAAGUCACUGCUGUCGGCAGGAAGUCAGUUCAGUUGGCAGGAGGAGGCAUGGCUUCUCUUGCUCAGGGUCUUCUAUCUUAGCAAAGAGGGUCUUUUUGCCGGCCGGGUAGACCUUUGUAAGAACAGAAGAAGAGCCUGGUUGCUGGAUCAGGCCCAUCCAGUCCAGCAUCUUGCUCUCACAAUGGGCUAUCCAAAGCCUGCGGUGGGAAUCCCACAAGCUCACUCUGCCGCCAUUGUGUCAUGGAAGACCUCUGGAUGGGUCUUGUUUCAAAUCAAUCUGUGGACGGUGUGAAGAAACAGCUCUUCCGGUGUUUUGAGCUGCUGGGCUGCGUUUGAGAACAACACCACACACCCACACCCUGCAAAUGUUUCUGGGGGAAAGGUCUCAAAGUGGGGGCUCUGGUUACCACAUCCAGGCUCAUAACUGGAUGCCAACGGGAUGUUGGGUGCCACCAUCACAGCAGGACGGAAGGAAGACCUGCAGUUUUUGAGGUGGCCGAUUGUUGGGGCCCCAAGAGUGAGGCCCUCUGAGGCCCAUGACACUGGCCUGACUGGCCCCUCAAUAUGAGCCGCUGGAAUCCUCUCCACGCUUGAAAUGUGUAUCUCCAAGGUUACACAUUCCUGCAUUGCAGGGGGUUGGUGUGGAUGACCUUCACGGUCCCUUCCAGCCCUACAGUCUUAUGAUUCUGUGAUUCUCCCAUCAACCCUUCUCAUGCCAAAUGCAAGAAGCAAGGGCCAACAGGAUUACAGCCCGAGUGAAGCAAGAGGGGAGGUGUCAGAAGGAAUUGCAAGGUCUACUUGGUGGGAAACGAAAGGGAAAACAAAAUGUCACACAUUAAAAACUUCCCUGAACAGGGCUCCCUUCAGAUGUCUUCUGAAUGUCAGGUAGUUGUUUAUUUCCUUGACAUCUGAUGGGAGGGUGUUCCACAGGGCAGGUGCCACCACCGAGAAGGCCCUCUGCCUGGUUCCCUGCACCCAAGCCAUUCAGCAUUGAGGCAGCCUGUCUCAAGAGGUGAUGGGGUCUUCUUCAUGGGAGAUAUGUGAGCAGAGGGUGGACAGCCAUCGGCCAGGGAUGCUGUGGUCGCAAGAUUAUGCCCUGAGCAAAUGAGGGAUUGGGAAAAUGGUCUGCCGGGCAUCUAGCUCAUUCUAUUAUUCUGCUCCCUGCUUGGAGAAAAAUGGCUGGCACCUUCCUUUUGGGCUGCCAGGUUCUCACGUCCAUUUCCUCCUCCCAUCAGCUCUCGCCCUGCAGGUUACAUGACCCUUGGGGUCCCUUCCAACUCUCUGAUUCCAUGUAUUCCAAGGGUUUGAAAUACAGUUGGAGCUUGGAAUCUGUUCCGGAAGUCCGUUCUGCUUCCAAAAUGUUCAGAAACCAAAGCACGGCUUCCGAUUGGCUGCAGGAGCUUCCUGCAGCCAAUCGGAAGCCGCGGAAGCCCCAUCGGACGUUCGGCUUCCGAAAAUAGUUCGCAAAGCUGUUAUGUACUGAGUUGAAUAGGAUCCAAAAUGCAGCAGUGUGUUUGGUCCUAGAACAAUAGGAUUCAGAAUGCAGCAGUCUGAUUGGUCCUAGAACAACAGGAUCCAGAAUGCGUAGUCUGAUUGGUCCGCAGGAGCCACCCAAUCCAACUCCGGUUGGAAGUGAAUCCGCAACCUGAUUGGCCUACAGGAGAAUCCCAGAAUUAGCCAAUCACGUGGGGCCCAUUGUGUAAAUAAUGUAUAUAAAGCAGACAUUUCGGGGGAACUUCCAUUCCUCCUCACUGCUCUGAGCUGAAUAAAGAGCAUGAAAUCCACAUUCGAUUCCGAGUAUAUUUCAAAACCAGAACAGUCACUUCCAGGUUUGCAGUGCUUGGGAACAGGUAUUAUGUGGUACCUGUAGCUUUUGGUGCCAGUUCUGCCAAUCAAAGUGGUAAGGGACAGUUUCGCUGGUACCAGCAGGCUUUUCAUUUUCAGUGCAGUCCAAUAUUUAAUUAAAGAGGAGGGUUAACUACCAGGGCAGCAGAAAUUAAUCCUGUCUGAUCCUUGCCAAUAAUAAUAAUAAUAAAUUUUAUUUAUACUCCGCCCUCCCCGGCCAGAGCCAGACUCAGGGCAGCUAACACCAGUAAAAUUGCAGU